AAUGGUAUGGUGGCCAGAAUAUUAUUUUAGCAUUUAAUUCAGCAACUUAAGUUUCAGGUAUGUUAGUUGGUCUUUUGAUAUGUUUUUUCUUUGUCUAAUCAAUUACAAAAGAAUUUCCCUAUUAGGGCGGGAACCAAUAUGAUAGGUGUGGCGAAGAUAUAAAAGUUUGGCAGGCUGGGUGAUUUUGUACAGGUCUGCCUUGAUCAGCUGUAUAAACAACGUGAUCCUGACUGUCCUAACAUCGGUUAGACGCAGAUACAAUGUCUGACAGCUCCACACCACCACAGAAGAAAUUGAAGAUGGACGAUAGCAAGGUGUUUAAUGAUCCCAUCCACGGGACGGUGAUAUUACACCCACUUCUCAUCAAAAUCAUCGACACACCUCAGUUCCAGAGACUGCGAAACAUCAAGCAGCUUGGGGGGGCCUAUUUUGUUUACCCUGGAGCCUCCCACAACCGCUUUGAACACUCCAUCGGGGUGGCACACUUGGCAGGUCAACUUGUAGAAGCUCUGCGUGCAAGGCAGCCGGAACUCAACAUUGAUGACAGAGACGUCCUUUGUGUGAAGAUUGCUGGUCUCUGCCAUGACCUGGGACAUGGGCCCUUUUCCCAUCUGUAUGAUCAAAUGUUCAUACCCAAAGUACCACAUCCACCAGGUGAACUAGGUGAUAAAAUGGCAAAGUGGAAGCACGAAGACGCCUCUGUGAAGAUGUUUGAUCAUCUGGUGGAAUCUAUAUCUCUGCUGAAAAAGCUGGAGGAUGAGGAUAAGGUUUUUAUCAGAGAGAUGAUUAAUGGACCAGAAGGACAGGAGGACCCUAAUGCAGUCAAGUGGCCGUAUAAGGGUCGGAAAGAGGACAAAUCCUUCCUCUAUGAAAUCGUGGCCAACAAAUUGAAUGGCAUUGAUGUGGAUAAGUUUGACUACAUUGCCAGGGACUGCCACCACCUGGGCAUGAAGAACAACUUUGACCAUCUCCGCUUCAUACAGUAUGCCAGAGUGUGUAAGGUGGAAGGGCUGAAUCACAUCUGCAGUAGAGACAAGGAGGUGAACAAUCUGUAUGACAUGUUCUACACCAGGAACUGUCUCCACAGAAGAGCCUACCAGCACAGAGUGAACAAGAUCAUAGAGUAUAUGAUCGCGGAGGCCUUUUUAAAAGCAGACAAGCAUAUCCAGAUUGAAGGCUCAGAAGGCCAGAAGUACACUCUCUCUAAAGCCAAAGGUGACAUGGAGGCCUACACCAAGCUGACAGAUCAUGUGUUUGAUCAAAUACUCAACUCUUCCUCCGCGAAGCUGGAUGAGGCAAAGAAGAUUCUAGAAAGGAUCAUCUCUCGAGACCACUACAAGUUUCUGGGUGAAACCAAUCCUGAACAAUUCCCCACCGGGGAGAGCCAUCUUCAAUGGGAAGAGGAAUUGGCUGCAGCCGUCCCUGAGGGGGGCGAUGGGGGUGUCACACUGACACGUGAGGACUUUGUAGUCUUAGUUGCUACUUUUGACUAUGGAAAGAAAGAAGAGGACCCCAUCAAUAAUGUGUUUUUCUACAGCAAGAGAAACCCUGACAAAGGAUUCAAAAUCACCAGAGACCAGGUGUCCAGGAUUCUCCCAGAGUGCUUUUCUGAGAAGCUAAUCAGGGUUUACAGUAGGAAGACUGAUGAGCAGAGUGUGGAGGCUGCCAGGAGGCACUUCUCCAAGUGGUGUGCAAGGAGGGGCUUCCCAGAGCCUCAGAAUGGAGACACUGCAACACCAGAAGUCAUUCCUGGGGACAAUAUCUAGAACACUCCACCGGAUGUUUUGGAACAUAGAGAAUAAAAAGUGAAAAAGAAAUCAAAAACUCCCUUCAACUUAUUGUCUAAUUAUGAUUGGUUCUAUAAGAUGAGUAUGAGCACAGUGUAGUACUAGACACUGUUUCUCC